AUGAAGGGUAAAAAGUCCAAAGGGGACAAUAAUACUUUGUCUUCGAAAAAGGGUCCAAAGGGUAUCCCGGCAGGACAUAUAGCGCAGGAUGCUCAAAGCGAGAGCGCAGACGAUUUGAUCAUCGGGAAUAUGGCCGACUUAAAUGAGAAGGACGGCUCGAAGAAGACCCUCCGAAAGGUCAUUCAGAUGAAGAGAGAUAUCAGAAAGAUAAAGAAGGAGAAGGCUAUCAUCAGCAAAUUGGAUGCUGAAGACAAGGAAAAGGCGGAACAUAUGCUGCAAGUACAGAAGGCCCUGCGGAAGUCCAAGGGGGAAAGAAUUUACGAUGAAAAUAGCCUCAAGAAACGAAACCAAAGAAUUUUGAGGAAAAAAAAUAAGUCCCGUAAAAGGUGGGCGGAAAAGCUAGCCAAGGGAUGA